GCCCUUGAGAAAGAUUCUCAGGAGCUUGGACGCCUCGGGAAGGAUGACUAAAUGGGCAGUCGAGCUCAGCGAGUACGACAUCACGUACGCGCCACGCCCUUCCAUAAAGGGACAGGUGCUGGCGGACUUCGUGGCAGAAGGUUUUAGCCUCGACGCGGCCGAGGCAGAAGGGGAAGUUGAAGUGUGGCGUCUGUUCGUGGAUGGAGCCGCCGGAAAAGGGGGAGCAGGUCCUGGAAUCGUGCUCGAGUCGCCUCGGGGAGUCAUACACGAGUUCUCUCACAGAUUCCAGGAGUUGAAAACCAACAAUGUUGCAGAGUACGAGGCCCUCUUGAGCGGUCUCAGAAUCGCCAUGGGAAUGGGUGCCACCCGCCUCCACAUCUGCUCCGACUCCCUGUUGGUAGUCAAUCAGGUCUUGGAAAACUACGAAGCCAAGGAAGAAGCGCUAGCAAAGUUAGCCGACGAAGUCAGAGGCGCCCUUGCGCAGUUGGAAGAAUGGAAGCUAGAGCAUGUAAAGCGAGAGGACAACCAUCACGCGGACGCCUUGUCCAAGCUGGCCACGGCUAUGGACUUCGAAGGCGAUCGUCAAGUCACCAUUACCAAGGAGGCUCCGCCUAGCGAGGGGGUGAUGGCCAUCGUGGAAGGAGCGGCCGAAUGGCGCUCCCCUAUCGUCGAGUACUUGCAAACCGACUUCCUACCAAGCGAUGAAGCCCAAGCAAAGCUGAUCAAGCGGAAAGCCGCCCAUUACAGCAUGGUGGGAGGACAGUUGCACAAGAGGUCCUUCUCAGGCGCCUACCUGAAGUGCUUGAGCCCUGCAGAGGCGGAAUGGAUUAUCAAGGAGAUACACCAAGGCACAUGCGCCUCGCAUGCUGGCCUGAGAGGCCUCGAGAAGACCAUCCUGUUACAAGGCUACUACUGGCCAACGGUGAAAAAAGAUGCUGAGAAGGCGGUCCGCGCGUGCCACGAAUGCCAAAUUCACGCCAGCAAGCAACAUCUGCCCAACGCGGAACUGAAGAGCAUAACAAGCCCGUGGCCGUUCGCACAAUGGGGGUUGGACCUGCUGGGUCCCUUUCCAACCGCCCCCUUGGGCAAGAAAUAUCUGGUGGUGGCGGUUGACUACUUCACAAAAUGGAUAGAGGCCGAGCCGCUGGACACGAUCACCAGUGCCAAGAUCCCGAAAUUUCUCUUCAACAACAUAAUGAUCAGGUUUGGUACUCCCCAUACAAUCAUCACUGACCAUGGGACACAGUUCGAUUGCAGGCCGUUCGAAAAUUUCUGCGCCAGGAACCGCAUCACAUGCAGAAUGGCCUCAGUUGCGUUCCCGCAAGCCGACGGGCAGGUGGAGUCGUCCAAUAAACUCAUCCUUAGGGGUCUGAAAAGGAGGCUCAAGGAAGCCAAAGGAGGGUGGACUGCCGAGCUGCCACACGUGCUCUGGGCGCACCGUACAAACUACAAGAGAGCAACCGGAGAAACCCCAUUCGCUCUGACGUAUGGCUCCGAGGCGGUUGCUCCCACCGAGGUCAUUCUGCCCUCGCUAAGGGUCCAGACAUACGAUCCCGAGGAAAACCACAAAAAGCUUCUCCACCAGCUGGACAUGAUAGAGGCAAGAAGAGACGCGGCCAUGGUACGAACCAUACAAGAAAAGCUCAAGGUGGCCAAAAUCUACAACGAGAAGGUAAAACCUCGGCCGCUUGAAGAAGGAGAUAUGGUGCUCAAAAGGAAUUUUGAGUAGAAAGAGGGGCACGGCAAGCUGGCCGCCAUAUGGGAAGGACCAUUCCUGGUAGCAGAGAAGAUAGGGACCGCCACGUACGUGCUAGCUACUAUGGAGGGGCAGCCUGUGGCCAAGACUUGGAAUGCUAUCCACCUAAGGAAGUACCAUAGUGAGUAGGAACGAGUUAUCUGUAGGAAUUUUGUAAGAAGUCAGUGCCGCGGUCAAACGCGCUUUUAUGAUAGUGGUAGUCCACACUCCUAUCAAUGACUUCAGUAAUUCAAGUCGCCACUGAGCGAUAGGUUUUCAUGUAGAUUAACCUAAGUUAUUCUCAUAACUCUCGGCCACUUAGCACAACCGCUAACUACGACGCCAUAUUGGAGCUGAAACGCCCCAGAGCAAUAGCUACACACUUAACAAACUCGUACACAGACC